AUGGUAGUUUAUUAGUACUGUAGUUUUGGGCUCACUUGCUGCUCUCGCGAUAUUUGCGCACUGCCUGGAUCGACAGGACUGAAAUAGGAAGUCAGUCAUGGCAUCAGUUUUCGGUGGAGUAGAGGGUGGAGGGACCCACUCCAAAGUGGUGCUGGUGGCAGCAGAUGGGAAGAUCCUGGCCGAGACGGAGGGCCCGUCCACUAACCACUGGUUGGUUGGGGUGGACAAAUGUAUUGAAACCAUCAACGACAUGGUCCAAAGAGCCAAGAUGGAGGCUGGGCUGGAUCCAAACACGCCACUGUGCUCGUUGGGCAUGUCUCUGAGCGGAGGGGAGCAGAAAGCGGCCAUCGACAAGCUGAUCGCUGACAUGAAGCAACGUUUCCCCACUCUCAGCCACAACUACUUCAUCACCACUGAUGCAAUCGGUGCCAUGGCGACUGCCAGCGAUCGUGGAGGUGUAGUUCUGAUAUCAGGGACCGGCUCGAACUGCAAGUUAGUCAAUCCCGACGGCUCACAGGUCGGCUGUGGAGGCUGGGGUCACAUGAUGGGUGACGAAGGAGGAGCGUUCUGGAUCGCUCAUUUGGCGGUGAAGACGGUGUUCGAUGCCAAGGACAACCUGGUCGCUCCUCCUCAUGACGUUACCCGUGUCAGGAAGGCCAUGGAGGAGUACUUCCAGGUGUCAAAUCUGAUGGGCAUGCUGCCGCACCUCUACAGAAACUUCCAGAAGUCCCACUUUGCCGGUUUGUGCCAAAAGCUGGCUCAAGGCGCAGAAGAGGACGCUCUCUGUCAGCAUGUGUUCACUCAGGCUGGGAGAGUGCUUGCGAAACACGUAGAAGCAGUUUUACCAGCAGCACAGGAGUCUCUACUGAGUAGUGACCACGGCCUUCCCAUCCUGUGUGUGGGCUCAGUGUGGAAGAGCUGGGAGCUUCUGAAACCGGGGUUCACUGAGGUCUUGGAGGAAGUGGCAUCAUCUGACAAGUUCAAGGGCCGUUUCCGUGGCUACAGCCUCCUGGCUCUGCAGCAGUCCUCGGCCCUCGGCGGCGCGAGUCUGGGGGCUCGGAGUAUUGACGAAACCGUAACUAUGGAUUACGAUGCUAAUGCCAAAGUCUUCUACCGACACACUUUUAACAGCAUCCAAUGAGGGAUCUUAACGUGUUCAGCUAAAGGGAAAUCAUAUUGUCCAAUUUAUAAAGUUAUUUGCAUCCUUGCUAAUAGCACGUACUAUAAAGAUGAUGAUAAUAAUGAUUGUGUAAUAAUAGCAGUGAUUUUACCUCACUACAAGAUACCAGGUUGUCUGGGACCAGCGGAGCUCCAGGUGGUUGAAAAUAUUCAAAAUCUGCAUAGAGGCUAUUUUGAAAAAUGUUAUUGAUAUUUCUUCAAUUUUACUGUAAUUGUAAAUCUUUGCACCUUUGCAACACUUCUUUACAUUUGACAUUUAUAAAUUAAAAAAAGACUGUUAACUGUUAACAGAAAAAUCAUCUUUCCGCGUCUGUAGCACAUUAUGACGAGGGUGGUAUCAGAGAAAAUAUAUUAUCAUGCAUUAAAGGUGGCCGUUAAACA